AUGAGUUAUCCACCACCAGGUCAAUACGGUCCACCACCAGGUCAAUACGGUUACCCCCAACCUCAACCUGUCUAUGUCCAGCAAGCUCCUCCAGAAAAAGAGGAUGAAGGCUGUUGUUGCAAAAUGAUUAAAUGUUUGUUAUGUUUCUGGUUAUGUACGGAAAUCUGCGAUUUUUGUUGUUAG